UGUUGGCUGCAGGUUCUUCACAACGUGAACAACGUCGACCGACUGCAUACUUGCCGACAACAAUCGCAGUAGUCUCCACCACACCAACACAUCAACAGGCACAUGCACAAGUCGUCCCAGCAUUACGCGUACUCAGUGCGGCCGUCAGCUUCCAAGAAGCCAGGAAUCUACCUCGUGUCCGAGGAAGACCUGGAAGAAUCGUUUUCGAUGACCAAUACACACAUCAUGAAGGAGGACUAUGUCGUGCUCGAAGAAGGCGCGUUGGUACCGGGCGGGGCCAUCAGCAUGCUGAGCAUGGAGGCGUUAUCUUUGUUUGUCCAGUACGGCGCGAUCGGGAUCGUGUAUGGCACCCUGCCAUCGCUUCGGUACCCAUUGAUUAAAGUCUACUUUAACGCCCCUGGGUUUCAGAUGGCUGCGUACGGCGCCGUGGUGAACAUUCCGUGGACGUUCAAAAUUAUCAUGGGCGGACUCAGCGACUGCGUGCCCGUCUGUGGCUACCGCCGCAAGCCGUGGAUCAUCUUGGGAUGGGCCAUCUGCUGCGCCGCCCUAGUCUUUCUCGCGACAUUGGAUCAAGGCCCUGCCGCCUGCCUCGCCCGGAGCGGCGAAUCGUUGGUGUGCCAAACCCCAAACCUAUCGGAAGCCGUCGGGGACAACGUGUCCAGCUAUACCGUCGGCGCCAUGUUCGCCACUCUCGGCUAUGUCAUGGCUGCGUGCGCAUCAGACGCCCUUGUCGUCCAGUACGCCCAGCGCGAGUCGUUGGUCAUCCGCGGCCGCAUCCAGACAGCUAUUUACACGGUUCGCGCGCUCGGCCAGCUCAUCAGCUGUGCUCUAGUCGGGGUUCUCAUGAACGGAAAGGUAGAGUACGCCGGAACGUUCGACUUUUACGUGCCGGCGUCGGUGAUCUACCUCGUGCUGUGCGUACCAUGUGUGCUGGCGGUGCUGAGCUCCAUCUUUUGGCUCGCGGAGCGCAAGACGGAAAGUGUACCGUUUACAAAGUGGGCGCACCAGUUGUGGCAGCUCGUCCAGAGGCAAGCGCUGUGGCAGAUUCUCGCGUUUCGGUUCAUUUCCAACGUCUUUCACAACUUUGACUCGACCGCGGGCGGCCCCAUCGCCCAGUAUUGGGCCAAAGUCCCCCCUGUCACAGACGCCUUGACACGAGGUCUCGGCUACAUGAUCUUUUCCGGCAUUCUGUCAGUCGUGGGGCGGUAUGGCCUCAACUGGAACUGGCGGUGGGCUAUCGCCAUCACCACCAUCGCACUGAUUGUCAUCGACGGCACCGUGUACUUGUUGACCAUCUGGGACGUCGUUCGGGACCCGUGGUUCUACACGGGCGUGACCCUGACCGACCAGAUUCCGUCCGGUGUCCGGUUCAUCGUGUCCGUGUUCGUCGCGACGGAGUUGGCCGACCUUGGCAACGAAGGCGCCGUGUAUGGUUUGGUCACGACUGUCAACAACCUCACGAUUCCAGUCGCUGCCAUCUUGUACAAGUGGGUCAACAGCUACUUGAAGAUGACCAACGCGGACUUUGCAAGUGAAAUGAAACCAAAUGCUAGCGCCGACACCAAGAACCAAGUGCGGUGGCACGUGACGUACUCGUACUUGAUCUCGUACGGGUUUAAGCUGCUCUCUCUCGUUUGGCUGUUCCUACUACCUCCCCAAAAAGCCCAUGUUCAGCGGUUGAAACGGCAGGGCAUCGUGAGUUCGUUCGCGGGGGGGGUGACCGUGGUGCUGUUUGUCGUGUUUUUGACCUUUUCCGUAUUUUUCAACUUGGCCUCCAUGUACGACGCGACCAAGUGGUGGCGAAUUGCGGGGGGCAACGGGGUCGACCCAAAGGCCUCGGCAGCCAAACCAUAAUAUACAUGUGGUUCGUAUUGGA